AUGGUAAAGGUGGGAAUCAAUGGAUUUGGCCGUAUUGGACGCCUAGUGACCAGGGCUGCAAUCAACUCAGGGAAAGUGGACAUUGUAGCCAUUAAUGACCCCUUCCUUGAUGUCGAAUACAUGAUUUAUCUGUUCAUAUAUGAUUCCACCCAUGGCAAGUUCAAAGGCAGUGUCACGGCUAAGGAAGGAAAAAUGGUGAUCAAUGGAAAAGCCAUUACCAUCUUCCAAGAACGGGAUCCCACCAAUAUUAAGUGGAAAGAUGCUGGAGCUUUGUACGUUGUGGAGUCCACUGGUGUCUUUACCACCAUAGAAAAGGCUAGCACUCACUUGAAGGGUGGAGCCAAGAGAGUCAUUAUCUCUGCCCCUUCUGCUGAUGCCCCUAUGUUCGUGAUGGGAGUGAACCAUGAGACAUAUGAAAAUACCCUUCAGGUUGUCAGUAAUGCCUCCUGCACCACCAAUUGCUUGGCCCCCUUGGCCAAGGUCAUUCAUGAAAACUUUGGCAUCGUGGAAGGACUAAUGACCACAGUCCAUGCCACUACUGCUACCCAGAAGACAGUAGAUGGCCCUUCUGGCAAGCUGUGGCGUGAUGGGCGAGGUGCUGGCCAGAAUAUCAUCCCUGCUGCCACUGGCGCUGCUAAGGCUGUGGGCAAGGUUAUACCUGACCUGAAUGGUAAGCUCACAGGUAUGGCCUUCCGUGUACCUAUUCCUGAUGUAUCUGUUGUGGACCUCACCUGCCGCCUAGAGAAACCUGCCAAAUAUGCAGAUAUCAAGCAAGUAAUAAAGAAGGCAUCAGAAGGACCCUUGAAGGGCAUCCUGGGGUACACAGAGGACCAGGUUGUAUCUUCUGACUUCAUCACUGACACCCAUUCUUCCACGUUUGAUGCUGAGGCUGGUAUUUCCCUCAAUGACAAUUUUGUCAAGCUCAUUUCUUGGUAUGACAAUGAGUAUGGUUAUAGUAACCGUGUAGUAGACCUUAUGGAGUACAUGGCCACGAAAGAAUAA